AUGACUCCUGCUGAAGUAGUUCUGAGGCCUGAAAAGAUUUGUGUGGAACUGGAGUCUGGUUUUACAGUUAAACUGAAUGUGUUGCCUCAAGCAAUCCUGCAAAGCCCAAGGGAGAAUCCUAGGUUCAUAGAGCAGACUGUUUGCCCCUCAUUAGACUUUGCAAGGAUUCAUUUGAUCAAAGACAAAGAUGGCAUAGAUGAUUAUUUGGCGAAGAAUAUCAAAGGGUUGUCAAAACAAGAAGCUGCUGCUAACAGGAAUUCGUACAAGAAGAACAUCUGCAUAGACAUGCUGCGACAGGGUUAUCACGAGUCCUUCGCCCAGCUCCUCACUCUGAUACAGAAGUGGAAUGCCUCGAGGGAGGCUGCGGGGCCUGGGUCAGCCAUAUGGCAGCUGGAGUCCCUGGAGGAGCAGCCUGAUAAGCUGGAUCAGCUUUACCACUUCCUGACCAGGGCCGAGGCAGCCCGGCGAGCAGGACGCUAUGAGGAAGUGUAUGAUAACCAGCUUAACUUGGCCUACUGUUUCAAUGCCCCUGAGGACAAAUGGUUAAGUAAUUACUUUUAUGAGCAAUGCUUUAACACUGCUCAACUAAUAAAAAUUGAUGGUGGGAAGAGAGAGGCACAAGCACAUGCAAAUAUGGGUUUCAUCAAUGAGGAGCAAGGUCAUGUCAUGAAAGCUGCUGAGCAUUAUGAAGCAUUUUAUCACCUAACAGAGGGUUCGACAUGGAAGGAUGAGACAGGCCAUACUUACAAUUCACUGGCAUGUGAGAAUCUCUGGAGGAUUUAUACAUUACUAGCAGACAAAAUGCUGGAAAAUAAAGAACACCAACAGGCCAUCAAAACGCUAAUAAAAGCUUCAAAAAUGGCAAAAGAAGGAGGCAACGUGAAGAUGGAAGGAGAAGCUGCGUAUUGCUUAAGUUUAGCAUAUCAUUUUGCUGGAGAACAACAGACAGCAUUAUCAAUUUUGAACACCUCUGUAAAAAUCUUCACAGCACUUUGUGAUUCUGCUGGCCUCGGCAGAGCGUAUGCAGCUAUAGCCAAGAUCCUGGUAAGUCAGGGAAAAGUGGCUGAAGCUAUUAAGUACUUGGGAGAGUUUAUGAAGGCUGCUGAGAACGCUCAUCUAAGCCAAAGCCUGGUGGAUGCAUGUUUAUUACUUGGGAAUAUUUACAAUGAAAGAGGGAAUUAUAAUGAAGCUUUUGAAUAUUUCAGUCAGGCUUCUGAGGUAGCAAAAACUUUAAAUAAUUUGCCCUUAAUGGAUGAAACAAAGACUUACUAUGGCAUUGCAAAAGCUCAUAAACUGAUGGUGGCAUUUAACAGCCAUAUAGAAGCAGAAGAUCCCGUCAGCCUCAAGUACCUGCUGGCAUGGAAGGAGAACAGAAGUGACAUGUGCACUGACCCUUUUACAGUCGAGUUCUAUUAA